GCAUGACGCGGGACCUUAAACUGCAAAGCUCAACAGAUAACAGCUAACAACCAUUUUUAGUCCCCUGUCUGCCAUGUCCUGAGUAAUAACAGCGGGCUCCUGCUGUCAGUAUGUCUGCUACCGACAUGUCCCAGGCACUCGGCAUUCUCCGGUCACUGUACCAGCACACACUGACGCUGGAGGAGUUUGCGGACAGCAUCGUGUUCAGAGAAGGACAGAGAGCAGUGCUCGUUGAACAGUCCGACACAAACCGCUUCAUAUCCUUCGUCCGGGGUGUUUUUGUGUGCUUUGACAAGGGGCUACAGCAAGUACCAAGCUGCAACCAGAUCUGCACUCUGCCUGAACUGCUGGCCUUUGUUCUAAACAGUCUGAAGAGAAAACGAAAAAGAAACGUCUUGGCACACGGCUACAAUUUUCUGUCCGUGGCUCAGGAGGAUCGGGAUGCGGAUCACUUCAAAUUCCAAGGAGAUGUCACUCAAAGCGCUGCCUACAUCCAUGGCAGCGACCUGUGGAAGAAAGUCACAAUACGUCUCGGCACGGACAUCACAAGGUACCUGUUGGAAAGCUGCUCUGUUUUUGUGGCGGUCCCGCCUUCGUGUGUUUUCCAGGUGUGCGGUGUCCCCGUCUAUGACAGAGUGUCCAUGUCUACUGCCUCCACUGGAUUUUCUAUCCAGCCUCGGCCCAGGACACGUAAAGGUGCUCGGAUUGAAAGGUUUCGAGCUGCAAGGACCUUAAAAAGGAGACAGGAAGUUGAGACUCCUACUGUCAGCAAGGAGAGGAACAGGAUGGAUUUAAGGGUGAAAAAGGGGAAAAGAAAGAGAGAAACUGAUGAAAUUAUGACUCCUUCAGGAAAGAGGAGGCAGGUAGGACAGCGAGAACCCACACAUGAACAGGUUUGCCAUGAAACGGUGGAGGAAGGGCAGCCCAUGUUAGUGGAACCAAAGCCUUUGGAAAAUGGCGUUCCUGCUUCCAAACAGCCUGCUGAAUUGCAAACAGCCACACUUCCCUUAGAGGGAGGACCCAGUUGGAGAUCAGGGAUUUUCCCCCCUUUGCCUCCCUCGCAAUGUUUUAUCCGCACACUGGGAUUCCUUUAUGGGGGGAGGGGCAUGCGUGGCUUCCUUCUCAACAGGAAGAAGAAGGGCGCUGAUGGAUGCAGAAGACUACAAGGGCAAGAUCUGGUGCGAACAGUGUUCUUUGAGGGACUGGCGUAUCUGAACGGUGUCGAGAGGAAGCCAAAGAAACUCCCCCGGCGCUUUUUUAACAUGGUCCCCCUGUUCAGUCAGCUUUUGCGUCAACACAGGAGAUGUCCCUACAGCAGGAUACUGCAGAGGAUGUGCCCACUGGUGGAGGAGAGAGAUGGAGGACAAGGGGAACUGAGCACCCUCUUGCCUCAACACUGUGCCCCUCACCGGGUCUACCUGUUUGUCAAGGAAUGCCUCUCGGCUGUGAUCCCGAAGGAGCUCUGGGGCUCCGAUCACAACCGACUUCAUUUUCUUGUCAGGGUCAGGGGCUUCUUGUACAGCGGCAAGUUUGAGAAGCUCUCACUGGCUGAACUGAUGUGGAAGAUGAAGGUGAUUGACUGCGAUUGGUUGAAGAUCAGUAAAACGGGCAGGUUCCCGCCCAGCGAGCUCUCAUACCGGACACAGAUCCUGGGUCAGUUCCUUGCUUGGCUACUGGAUGGCUAUGUUGCGGGCCUGGUUCGAGCCUGUUUCUACGUCACUGAGAGUGUAGGCCAGAAGAACGCCACCAGGUUCUACAGACAGGAAGUCUGGGCAAAACUGCAGGACUUGGCCUUCAGGGGUCACCUCUCUAAGGGUCAGAUGGAGGAGUUGACGCCGGCUCAGGUGGCGUCCCUCGCCAAAGCCACCGCAAUCUCCCGCCUUCGCUUUAUUCCCAAGACUGAUGGCAUGAGGCCUAUCACACGAGUCAUAGGAGUAGAUGCCAAAACAAGGCUCUACCGAGGGCGUGUCCGGGACUUGCUGGAUAUGCUGCGGGCCUGUGUGCGCUCCACUCCGUCCCUUCUGGGCUCCACAGUGUGGGGGAUGACAGAUAUCCACAAGGUUUUGCGCUCUAUAUCUCCGGCCCAGAAAGAUAAGCCACGGCCUCUCUACUUUGUGAAGGUGGAUGUGAGUGGAGCCUUUGAGAGUCUGCCUCAUGACAAACUCUUUGAGGUGAUCGACCAGGCUCUAUCGCCCGUCCAGGACGAACUAUUUACCGUCCGCCGCUACGCCAAAAUCUGGGCUGAUUCCCACGAGGGUCUGAAAAAGGCCUUUGUUAGACAGGCAGAUUUCCUAGAGGAUAACAUGGGAUCCACCAACAUGAAAGGGUUUGUGAUGUCACUGCAGAAAAGAAGAAAAGUUCAUCACGCCAUUCUGGUAGAGCAGCACUUCUGCUCAGAUCUUCAUGGCAGAGAGGCGUUGCAGUUCUUCAACCAGAUGCUGACCGGCAGCGUUGUUCAGUUUGGGAAGAAGACAUACCGCCAGUGUCGAGGGAUUCCUCAGGGCUCUGUUGUGUCCAGUCUGCUCUGCUGUCUCUGCUACGGUCACAUGGAGAACACCCUGUUCAAAGACAUUGCUGUAAAGAAAGGAUGUCUAAUGAGGCUGGUGGAUGACUUCCUUCUGAUCACGCCAGAAUUACACGAAGCACAAACCUUUCUCAAGAUCUUGCUGGCCGGGGUACCACAGUAUGGUCUGGUGGUCAACCCGCAGAAGGUGGUGGUCAACUUUCAGGCGUCGGAAAGCGUGGGCUCUUUUCCCGGGAUUCGUGUGCUGCCCCCUCACUGCCUGUUUCCCUGGUGUGGUCUUCUGCUGGACACGCACUCACUGGAUGUCUACAAAGACUAUUCUAGCUAUGCAGGCCUGUCUUUGCGCUACAGCCUUACUUUAGGCUCUUUCCACUCAGCCGGACAGCAGAUGAGGAGGAAACUGAUGGCUGUCCUCAGACUCAAGUGCCAUGCCUUGUUCUUGGACCUGAAGACCAAUUCUCUUGAGGCAGUCUACAAGAACAUCUACAAACUGGUGCUGCUUCAUGCACGCAGGUUCCAUGUGUGUGCCCAGAGUUUGCCCUUUGGUCAGACGGUUGCUAAGAACACCAUGUACUUCCUGCAGAUGAUAUGGGAUAUGGCUGAGUACGCCAGUCAGCUCAUCAGGCUCAGCAACAAAGGACUGAUUUUAGGCAGCAAGGCCCAGACCGGCAUUAUGCAGUAUGAAGCAGUGGAGCUGCUUUUCUGUCUCUCCUUCUUGCUAGUGCUGUCACAGCACCGUCCUCUCUAUAAGGAUCUGCUCCCACACCUGCACAAACGGAAACGCAGUCUAGAGCGUCGUUUGGGGGACCUGAGGCUGGCCAGGGUCCGACAGGCCACUAAUCCCAGGACCCCAGUUGACUUCUUGGCCAUCCAGACAUAGACUACCAGCUGGCCCAAAUUACACAUCCAAACGCAACCAUGACACCCUCUGCCGCUGAAAGGUUUCGUGUGAGUGAGAUGACCAGUGUUUUGAAAUUGGAUCUGCCAGUGUGCCAUAGAAAGUGUUAUGUAUCUGUUAUACAGUACUGGGAAAGCUGCCUGCGCAGAUAUAGAGAGAAAAGCUGUCCUUAGUCAUCUGUAAUGAAACACUUAAGUCAUAAACACACCCCAUAAAACAACAACCACCAGAUCAAUAAAGAUGGAUCAUCAUUGAAAACCACCACUACUGCACUAGACCCCAUCUCACCCCACAGUUGUUUGUCUCUCUGGACUUUGAUUUACACUUGUGGUAGUUUUCCACACAGAAGACAUGACAUCACUUAGAAAAUAAUUUAUAUGUAAAUAAUUUCACAGAAAUAUUGCCAGCCAUCACGUGAAUAAGUCAAAUGAUUUUUGUACAAGAUGAUUUGAUUUCAGGUUUGAUGUAGUACACGGAUGAUGAUAAUAAUGGUUUCAACAGGAAGCUUAGGACCUCAUACAGUGACAUUUUGUGACACUAAGUGUAAAGACUACAUGUUUAAAAGUAAAGCAUUUCACAGUUAAAUAAA